GCCGAGGCCGAGGCGGGAGGACGGGUGAGGGGGUGCUCAAAAGAAAGGGGGUGCUGUCCCCAAGAAGGUCCCCGGGAUGGAGCACCCCGUCCCUGGGGGGCCCCGGGGGGAGAGGGACGAGGAGGAGGAGGAGAGGGUGCUGGUGUCGAAGCACACGUGGAGACCCUGCCCCACCGCCCGGAGAAGGCUCCGAGUGUGCUUGGAGUGGGUGAAACGGCAGCUUUUCCGCGUCGGGGAGGAUUGGUACUUCCUCUUCAUCCUGGGGGUCCUCAUGGCCACCAUCAGCUUCAUGAUGGACCACCUCGUCUCCAGGGUCUAUGCAGCCCACCGCUGGCUCUACCAAGAGGUCGGGGACAUCGGGGUGCUCAAGUACCUCUCGUGGACCCUGUACGCCACGGCUAUGGCCACCUUCUCCACUGGCUUCUCCCAGAGCAUCACCCCAUGCUCCUCAGGCUCCGGCAUCCCGGAGCUGAAGACCAUCCUGAUGGGCGUGGUGCUGGAGGACUACCUGGCCAUCCAGAACUUUGGGGCCAAGGUGGUGGGGCUGACCUGCACCCUGCUGUGUGGCAGCACUGUUUUCCUCGGGAAAGUGGGGCCCUACGUCCACCUCUCCGCCAUGGCUGCGGCCUAUCUGGGGAAGAUGAGGACCUCAGUCACGAGGGAGUAUGAGAACAAGUUCAAGCAGCGCGAGAUGCUGGUGGCAGCACAAGCCGUCGGGGUGGCCACGGUCUUCGGGGCGCCUGUCAGCGGGGUUCUUUUCAGCAUCGAGGUGAUGUCCCCCCACUUUGCCGUGCGCGAUUACUGGCGCGGCUUCUUCGCCGCCACCUGCGGCGCCUUCAUGUUCCGCCUCCUCGCCGUCCUCAACAGCGAGCAAGAAACCAUCGUGGCUGUUUUUAAGGUCGACCUCAAGAUCGAUUUCCCCUUCGACCUCCUGGAGACCUUCUUCUUUGUGAUUUUGGGGGUGGUGUGUGGGCUCGUGGCCUGUGCCUACCUCUUCUGCCAGCGCUGGAUGAUGGUGGCUGUCAGGAGGAACUGGCUGACGGCCAAGCUGCUGGCGACCGAGUCCGUACUGGGCGUCCGUCCACCUGUCUGUCUGCACCCUGUGUGUCCGUGUGCCAGGGCAGGGGGAGGGGACACCCGUUUUGCCCCGUCUUCCCCCGGGGAGGAGGUUGAUAAUAAUACUCUGAAACUGCUGAUGAAUGACAGGGACAAUAAAUAA